AUGCAGAGGAAAUUGUCGUUCCGAUUUCGAGGAGGCGGCGCAGAACCAUUGCAGUGUUUCGUUUGCUUGGUUUACAAACGCGCAUAUGUUCCCAAACAAUGGAGUGAUGAGUAUGUGACGCACUGCCUCACCUGUGGUCGCGGAGCAUGCAAUGAACACGGAUGUUGGGAAGUGGGACAAUUCCACUGCGCACUUUGCCACGGAAAUGACGAUCCCUUACAGUCUGGUGCAAAAGACACUUUUGCAGUAAGAUGUCUCAACAAAGCCUUUCAGAAGCAAAAGUUGCUGUACAGAAACGAGGAAGCUUUUCAUGACUUCAUGCUAGUGCUAUGUGCAGAGAGAACAAAUAGUCGGAUGGAAGCAACGUAUACUGAUGAAGAAUUCUCGGACGUGCAGCGACAAGAAGCAGCAAAUACAGCAUUGACUUGGGAGGACGCGCAGCAACUGGUGGCAGCAAUCUUGUUAUCUCGACUGGGAACAGCAGAGAACGUAGCGAAAGUACUUGGACAAAGUUGGGUACCGACUUGGGAUGGCUGGAAAGAAUUGCAAACAUGCACGACAGAAUUCUGCUGCGUUACAAUCGCAGACCGUAUGUGCGACAUUGCACAGGUAAAUUCUCCUGACCGAAGCAUGACCGAUACUCAAGCUUUAAGGGUCUUGGCCGCGGAAGGGUUGAUGCGGCAGCAGGCGCAGUCGCACGGCGCCAACAAUUGCCUCAUUGAUUCCCUGAUGCUGUGCUUAUCGAACGAAGGCCUUUUGCCAGAGAACUUGGUCACACACGUCGCAGCAAGGCGAUGUGCUGCAGCUGCAUGCAGGAAACAACUGAUUCAAGAGGUCGGGAAGGCAGUAGCUCCAAGUCGCAACGGCCUUUUUCCCUACUUAGAUGCGCACCGCGACGGCCCCCGCAUUGUGGCAUUCUUGUUGCAGAGAUUUCGUGCUGUCGCGCGUACCAACAUGCUAAUUCACGUGCACGACCGGUUUGGUGAGUGCACUGUAGAUCCAGACCGGAACAAAAUUCUUGUCCAUCUUGGGUUCCAGCACCCCGAGCACCAGGCCUUGCAGCUGCAUAUUUACAAUCACACCUCUGUGCAAGGCAGGGGAUAUCAUUUUGAUAGUCUGUUGCGUCAAACCAGUGUCCGUGAAGCUGAACCAACCGUAGAGAUAGACGCAAAACCCGACGCAACAAGAUUACAAGGUAAUGAGCUGGAGCACAGCAUGAGUACAAAGGCUUGCCACAACAUGGACGGAACCGAAAAAGAUGUAGAUCUAAGAGCAGAAGCAGUAUUUGCCAAGUUGGCAUGGCACCUUUGCGGGUCUAGUUUUGAUAUCCCCUGGCUUGAAGCCUUGCUAUUGAAUAUGCUUUUUCAUGGAUACCUUUCUCUGGGACCUUCUGUGACUGCAUCUCCGAAAGCACGACAACAACUAUGUAGAGCAUGCCAAAGACAUCUCAAAUUGGAGCCAAAGCCGAAUGAUGCAGAAGCGCAGACUUUAGAUUUGCAAAGCCAUCUGGCGGCCGCAGCAUUUUUUCUUCUGGGCACCAGCAAGAAGAGUGUGAAUGUGGAGGUAUAUGUCAAUGUGCACGAUGCAAGUACCACUGACUUGAAUGUACCACAACAUAGGUACAGGAUCGGUCGACUGGACAGUUUGCUAGUGCCAAUUUUCCGACUCUAUUGUUUUACAAAUGGUCAGUAUGCAGCAUUAUUGCCGAAGUCGCCCCCAACAGUAUCGCAGCAGGAGCCAGCAUUGACUCGUGUAAGCCACUGUUCCAGCCAAAAGACGCAAGCUGCGCCUCGAACGGCAGAUGCAGGCAGUAACGAACCUAGCGGCAAUAUGGAACAAAUGUCCGAUAUUUUGCAACGGUUUUGCGACAGCCGGGGCGCAAAGGUGCAAAUCAGUAAAGCAGACGUUCUUUGUUUGCAAGAAGCCUGGUCAGACAGGGAUGCGGAAGGCAUCUGUCUUCAUACACUGUUGCAAGCAGGGUUAAGAUUUGCAGAUAGUGGGAUGCAUCAUGCCCGCCGUUUAGCAGACCAGUUUCGCAGUUUUUGGAAUUGCUGCACGCAAGGUGCAGGACAAACACUGGCAGGAGCUUCGAGCCCAGCAGCCACAAACCAUGAAGCCAAGUACCUGCCGCCGACAGUGCCCAGCCAAGAAAAGGCUGGAGCUAGCGAUGAAAACGCUGGAGCUAGCGAUGACGAUCGGAAAGGACUCGCUGGACAAUCAACUAAUGAAGCAGAUGGGGGCGGGUCCACAAAGAAGGAUGGAAACCAAAAGCAAUGCGGCAAAAGAAAAUUAAGCACAGCACUCGGCGCCAACAAAGCCCAACAAGCGGGUCAAGGAAAGGGAAAGCAGCAGCGGUUGCAGCAAAGAGGCAGCGCCAGCACAGCUAGGAAGCUAGAUGUAGCGGUGCCUCUGCGCCGGCUGCGCCAGAAAACGGUACCAGGCUCCGGCAUGGAAGACAUUCAGUCCGGGAACGUGCCCGCAGAAGGAAUAGCAACGAAGUCAACCGAGGGGCCUGGCAUAUUGGUGGCCAACAAGCCGCAGGGCACCUCUACGGAAGGGUACGUGGCGGAGCUUGGACGGCGCUUGGGCACGCCUUUGACCUUGUCCUCGCGCUUGGAUUUUCCCACCUCAGGCGUCCUGCCGUUGGCGCUGGGUGUGGAUUCCCUGGCGGGCAAGUGGCUACAAGCGCAGCUGGCAGCACGAUUGGUGGACAAGGAGUAUGUGUGCCUGUGCGAAGGCACAUCUCUGGGCCCAAAGGGCACUCGUGGUGUCGUUGCCGCCAAGCUGCUGACCACAGAACUGGAAGGCCACACCAGCCGCAGUGAAGUCAGCAAUAGCGGCCGGGAAGCUCGCACUGAAUACGAGGUCUUGCAGCGCUUCCUUGUGACGGAAGAGGUCGAUUCACUGGAGUCCUCUGAGCUGAUGCUGGUGGCGGCCCAUCCCAUCACCGGGCGCACGCAUCAGAUCCGCGUUCACUUUGCCUUUCUGGGCCGACCCUUAGUGGGCGACCUCACCUAUGGCAGGCGAAAUAGCUCGGUGGUGUGCCCGCGGCUGUUCCUGCAUUGCCGACGCUUCAGCUGCCGGGAUCUGUCCGGAGCGCCCCUGGUGGCGGAAGCACCGCUGCCCCGGGAACUGCAGGAAGUCUUGGCGCAGCUGCGCAGCUGCUAACAGUGACAGCGACGAAGCGACGAAGGGACGUUGCGUCGGAGAACGUCGGAGAACGAGAACGUUGAAAGUCCAAGGUAUUGUCCAAGGUGGACCUGGGACCUGGAGUGAAUCUGUGCGGUCCAGUACAGGUGGGACACCAAGAACGCGUUGAAAGGGGACGAUUGGGGGGUUAACCCCUGGGCUUUUGAUCAUUGGCGGAGGCUAUGAUUUUAAUAGCAGAUGACAUCACUAUGUUGUUUUCCCCCUGCUUUAUGAAGCGGGGUCUAUGAAUCUGGACUUCAUCC